AUGGCGAAGAUUAAAGUAAGAAAAAAACAAAAGCAUGCUGGGACAUUUGAAGAGAAUUUAAAAAAUGUUGUAGUCUCAAAAAAUGGAAUAUUAAAAAAACAAAAAAUAAAAAACAAAAAAUUAACAAAAAAAAUAACAGAAAAACAUAAAAAAAAAAACACAUUAAAUAAAAUUAUUAAAUUAGCAAAUAUAACAAAUGAAAAUGAUUAUUCAGAUUAUGAUGAUGAUGAUCUAAUUGAUUUUAUCAAUUCUCAAGAAGAUAAAUUUUUAGAGUUUAAUGAUGAUAUAGAAGAUGAAGUUAUAGAUGAUACAAAUUUAUAUGAUGAUAAUGAAAUAAAUUUAAAUCAAAAUUAUAUGAAUAAUAAUUAUGAAGAACCAAAUGACAUAAUAGAAGAUCUAAACAUCAAAAUCAAUAAAAAUGGUUAUAAGGGGGAAGGAAAUAUUCUAGACAAUUCAAAUAAUAAACUGACUGACUUUGAUAAGUCUCCUGAACAGAAAACGAAGAUAGAUACAAUGGUUGAAAAAUGUUAUAAAGUUGUAGGGGAACAUUUAGCAAUUUAUAAAAAAGGAAAAUUACAUCAAGCCCUUACAAUAUUAGUAAAAUCACCCAAAUGGUAUGAAUUACUUUUAUUAACAACUCCAAAAAAAUGGACAACACAAGCAACUUUUGAAGUAACAAAAUUAUUUUCAUCUGGUCUAAAAGAAAAAGAUGUAUGUAUAUAUUAUAAAAAUAUUUUAUUACCAAUAAUAUUAGAAAAUAUUGAAUUAAACAAAAAGCUUGAUGGUUUUUUAUAUAAAGCAUUAAUCAAAUCUUUAUAUAAAUCAAAAGCAUGGUUUAAAGGUCUUUUAUAUCCAGUUUUGUUAAAAGAUUCUACUAAAAAACAAAUUGUGAUAUUUGGAAGUGUUAUUCAAAAAAUGAGUAUAUCAAUAAAUAUUGUAACUUGUUGUCUUAAUGAUAUUUUUAAGUUUCAAUGGAAUUCUCAUAUUUCAUAUAUUUUAACUAUUUUUUUUAAUAAAAAAUAUGCUUUUUCUAAAGAAUUUAUUGAAAAAUCAAUUAAUUAUUUUCUAACAUUUGAAAAUUAUCCUAACCCAUUAACAAUAAGUUGGCACAAAUCAUUAUUAACCCUAAUUCAGAAUUAUAGAGCAAAAUUAAAAAUAUUAUUAAAAAAAAAAAACCACCAUCAAAUAACUAGUGAAAUAUUAAAGCAUAUAUAUUCACCCGCAUACUUUAUUAAUCAAAUUAGCAAUUUAAGUAUGGAUGCUGGAAUAAAUAAUGUGUAG